UCGAUUCCCUCGGUGGCAUUAGCAGCAGGCGGUACAGGCAGCAAUUAGGAUUGAAAAUGAAAUUUCUGAUCUUACUACUACCACUCACGAUUGCAUCAACGAUGGCCAUAACCACAUCCCCGAUACGGACACCUAACAGCAGCAGCAGUAGCCAAAGUGACACCAGUAGCUCGAUUGCUAGUCGAAAGGAAAAACGUGGCAUUUUCGGUAUCGGUGGUUACGCACCGGCAGCUCCAAUUUACGGACAUGCCUUCGGACACGGACACGCGCAUGCACAUGUACAUGCCGCUCCACCCCUUCCACCGUUUCCGGAUUACGGUGGUCUGGCACUACCUCCGGCUGGUGUUCCCGGUCCGUUCUUGGGUGCUCACGCCCACACUCACACGGUUGUUACGAAGAAAUUUGGAAUUCCUAUCCCGCAGCCGUACGCUGUUCCGGUUGAUCGACCGUUCCCGGUUCCAGUUAAGGUUCACGUUCCCGUCCCGGUGGAUCGACCAUACCCGGUGGCCGUACCGAAGCCAUUUGCCGUACCUGUCGACAGACCGUACCCGGUUCCGGUAGACAGACCGUAUCCCGUGCCAGUGGCUCAUCCGGUACCAGUUCCAGUUGUCAAACACGUAGGAGUUCCCAUCCCAGCGCCUGUUCCGGUCGCCAUUCCCAAACCCUUCCCGGUUCCGGUGCACCCUCCAGUGAUAGCGCACGUUGGUCACGAUCCGUGGGCAGCAGCCAAACUUUGGUAGAAAUGAAGUAACUUACCUGUGAAGUAAGCAUUCAAAUGAUCUACGGAUUCAAUACGUAAAGUUUAUCAACAGUACAAGUGGGAUCGAAAAUGGCCAAAUUUUAUCAAAAUAAUACAAAGGCUUAUAGAACAAAAUAAGUAGAAUUAUUUAUUGUUAAAUUAGUCAAUUGUAAAAUGGAUUAAAUCA